AUGAAGCAUUUUGUGUAUGUUAACAGGUUUACAGUGUGGGCUGUUCUGUUUGUGCUGGGCCGGUUGUUGACUCUUUCCCUGUCUGUUCUCACUGUGGGCUUUGGACUGGCCGGAGCAGAGAAACAGGGUCUGAACCUUGCAGAGGGAAGCUUUAAUGUCCUCUUUGUACGGGUGACUGUCCUGGCUGCAAUAUGCACCACUCAGGCUUUUAUGAUGUGGAAAUUUAUCAACUUCCAGCUGCGACGAUGGAGAGAACACGCACAGACUCAGACCUUAAAGAAGAAAUCAUCCUCUUCUAAGAGCAAAUCAAAGAAAGCCAAUGGUGUGAAUGGAUCUGUUGGUGCCAGUGGAGCAGAUUCUCCCAGAGCGAGGAAGGAGAAGUCAUCAUAAAGUCCCAACUUCUGUCCUGACUAAAUCAUUCAGCCUGAUCAUUUCUCUCCGUCCCGCAGUUUGUCUGUAGCCUUUUUUCCCUUUCCCCUCUUGUUUAUCUGGAAAAAAAAAAAA